AUGGCUGCUGCACGAGGUCUUUCGUGGAGGAGGCAUGAGACGCUGGAUCUGCUUGCCAUCUGGGGCGAGCGAAGGAUCCAGAUAGCCUUAAGGCAGUCUCACAGGAACAUCGACCUGUACGAGGAGAUUGCUACCGAGAUGCGUUCCCGCGGUCACAACAGGACCGCGCAGGAGUGCCGUAACAAGACGAAAGCCCUUCGUCUAGAAUACAAGAAGGUGGUCGGGCUCAAUGCUAAGUCAGGGCAAGAUAGGAAGACCUGCCCGUUUUAUGAAGAGAUUGAUGCCAUACUCCAUGGGGAUGCAGAUGUGUGGCUCAAAAGGGUAACACAGAGCUCUGAUGCUCCGGAGCCCCGCAGCCCCGAAGAACCCAAUGCACCCGCACCGACUGAAACGACUGAAACUCUACUUCUUUUCACGGGACCGACUGGAGAUGAGACGGUGCAAGUGGAGGCGACCGAUGGCGCAGAUGUUGUGUACCUUGUUUCAGAAAUUGUGGAUGGCUCAUUGGAAGACAGCGACCAAACCCAAAUCGAGGUUCUACUGCAGGGAGAACCAAGAAGUGAAGCUGCUGGAGUUCACACAGCCGAGGGACACGUUGCAGUCAUGGAUAAGGGCAGUGCCGGGGAUGGUAUUCCGCCUGGAGCAAUAAUGGCGGAGUUGUCACCCAAAUCCCGGCUGGCUCUCAUCAAGGCACGCCACAAGAAGGUGUCUGCCAUACAGAGAGUGGGGGAGACACUGGCAACCCAAAUUAGAAAGGAAAACGCAUUAAUGCUUGAGGCUGGAAGAGCGGAGCACCAAGACUUCAUGGCUGAGAUGCGGGCAUCCCGAGAGGCGGAAAUGGCUCUCAUGCAAGAGGAAAGGGCGGCCAGGGAAAGCAACAGUGCUCUUGUGCUCGCUGCGGUGAACUGCCUGAGGGACCUUUCAAACACAAUGGUUCCUCUUGCACAAGCCAUAGGUGCGAGAUAUUCCUCCCUUGGUGGUACACCAAGGCGUACACUCCUUGAGGGCAGUCAAGCAUCGCCUGCAAUGGGUGAUGAUGAUUCCCAAAACGCUGCACCACAGAGGACUGUGUCCAGCAGUCAGCAGAGGUCACGUAGGGCCGCAAAGAGGAAGAUUCCAUAUUCGCCUCCAGAACAGUGA